AAUAAAUAUUCACCAAAACCAAGAAGAAAACCACAUCAAUGGCUUCUUCUAAUCCCAAGAUUAUCUUCAUCUUCUUCAUCCUCAUUUCCAUUUUCACACCUCAAACUUUCUCACAAGGUGACUCAUCAUGUGAAUCACAAACGCACAACACAUGCAACAACAAAUCCAAAGCAAUAACCUUAAAAAUCAUAGCCAUAGUCUCCAUAUUAGUCACCAGCAUGAUUGGAGUAUGUUUGCCUCUCGUCACACGUUCAAUUUCCGCGUUAAGCCCCGACCGGAACCUUUUCGUUAUCGUUAAGGCAUUUGCUGCUGGAAUUAUUCUAGGAACCGGUUUCAUGCACGUAUUACCAGAUUCAUUUGAAAUGUUGUCGUCUAAUUGUCUGAAGGAAAAUCCUUGGCAUAAGUUCCCUUUCACUGGAUUUGUUGCUAUGUUAUCGGCUAUAGUUACGUUGGCUAUUGACUCUAUGGCUACUAGCUUGUAUAGCAGGAAGCACAAUAAUGCUCGUCUAAUUAAUCCAGAACAAGUUCAAAAUGGAGUACAUAAUAUUAUUAAUGGUACCGGUGAUCAAGAAAUGGGCACGGUGAAUAAUAAUGUGCAUUUCCAUUCUCAUCACCAUGGUUCCCUUUCGAAAGAUGGAAUGAAAUUACUUCGUUACCGAGUUAUUGCCAUGGUAUUAGAGCUUGGUAUCAUAGUUCACUCCAUAGUAAUAGGGAUUUCACUUGGAUCUUCAAACAAUACAUGCACAAUUAAAGGAUUAGUUGCUGCACUUUGCUUUCAUCAAAUGUUUGAAGGAAUGGGACUUGGUGGUUGCAUUCUUCAGGCAGAGUACAAAAUGUUGAAAAAAGCAGCAAUGGCAUUUUUCUUUUCAGUAACAACCCCAUUUGGUAUAGCACUUGGAAUUGCAUUAUCAAAUACUUAUGAAGAAAAUAGCCCUCGUGCUUUAAUAACUGUGGGCUUAUUGAAUGCCUCUUCUGCUGGCCUUUUGAUUUAUAUGGCUUUGGUGGAUCUUCUUGCUGCUGAUUUUAUGGGUGACAAGUUACAAAGCAGCAUCAAGCUACAAAUCAAGGCUUUUAUUGCUGUGCUUUUGGGUGCUGGGGGCAUGUCUCUUAUGGCCAAAUGGGCUUAGCGGAUAAUUAUAAUAAGUUUAGAAAAAUUUAAUCCUUGCUCAAUUUUAUUAAGAAGUUGCUAAACUAAAAAUUUAACUGUUGUACCACUCAAUUUCUCUCUUCUAAUCUAUAACUAUAAGUCCUUCCUAA